GAUCGUUGCAUAUAGUGGUUUGGCCGUGUGGAGGUGUCCAAUCUUUUGCAUCGGAUUGGGCAUCCAAUGCGUAGUUGGCUCCAAUCCACAAAAGCCAUGGCGACACAAGAGAGAACCCAUCCACCCCAUCCGGGUAAAUCUAUAUAAUCUUGGUAAUUAAGAAAGUGCAAAGCGGUGACCGGAGAUGGGCAACAUGAGCGGCAGAUUGGAUGACAUCACCGACGCUGAAAUGGAUGAUGGAGGCAAUGGUGGGGCUCACAGCGGAAAUGGGGAUUACUCGUCCCCACUGCACUCCACGGACCGUGGUGGCUUCCCUCCUCCAGGAAGCGGCAGUCACGUGAGGCCUACAUCGUCGUCGUUGGGCUAUGUCGGUGGAGGGUCAUCCCCUCCGGGGAGCCCCCCGCAUCCGCACUCCCCACGUAUGUUUGUGCCACAGAGUCCUAUAACUCCAUUGCAUAGAGUUGUUGAUGAACCACUUCCGGUAUUUAACCAGAUAUUAGCGAGUGAACAAGAGGAAGAUAAUGAUGCUUCCCCUCAAAAGUUGAUUCCUAUCCUACUUACGUGGACUCUUGGAGGGAAGAAUGUCUAUAUAGAAGGAUCAUGGGAUAACUGGAAAUCAAAGAAAGUUGUUCAUAAAUGUGGAAAAGAUCACUGCAUCAUGUUACAGCUUGCAUCUGGAGUUUAUCGUUAUAGAUUCAUUGUUGAUGGAGAAAGAAGAUUCCAGCCUGACCGUCCAUGCGAAACUGACAUUAUAGGAACAAUUUCAAAUUUGGUCGAUGUUCAUGAUUUUAUCCCGGAGAGUGUGGACGGUGUAUCUGAGCUGAUGGCUCCUCUAUCCCCAGACUCUAGCUAUGGUUUGGUGGCUCCUGAUGAAAAGGAGUUUGCCAAGGAGCCUCCCACCCUUCCAGCGCAGCUCCACCUGGGUGUGCUUAACUCGCGAGGUAGCUCCUCAGAGAAGGAGGCCGGAGAAUGCGCGAAACCCAAGCACAACGUCCUUGACCAUGUCUUCAUUGGAAAGGGUUGGGGUUCCCAUCCAACUGUUGUGGCUCCUCUCGGCAUCACCUCUAGGUUCCAAUCUAAAUAUGUAACCACUGUCCUCUACAGGGCCGUCCAAAAAUAGAGAUAACAUCGAUCGCUGACGAUGCUUUAUCUUGCAUACAACCAUAGAAAGAAAGUACUAUGCUAAUUAUUUAGCCAUGCAUUCUGCUCAUUGAUUGCUUUGGAAUAAUGGUAAUUUUGAGGGUGCGGACACUGGUGAUUUCAGUGUUAAGAAAAAAACAAACUUAUUGAUGUGCUUAUAAUUCAAUCCUAAGGCUUUGCUUUUACUACUACAA